ACGGAUUGCACAUACCUGGAGCGCUGCGGCCGCCCGAUAAGCGCUUGAAUGGAGGUGAUGUCACGGUGAUGCCGGCGCCAGCCCACCCUCGCCCGGAGAAAGGAGCCGAGUGCGGGGAGAGGCCAGCGCUAGAAGGAGAGACCGAGCGCGGCCAGCUCAGCCCAGGUCCCGGGGAGAGGCAGGCCCUGCGCCCCGAGCCCCGAGCCCCCCGCCCGGGCCUCGCCACCCCAGGCCAGGACUGCGCCUGGCUCCGCGCCCCACGCCGAGUCCCUCUCCCCCCGCCCGCGCCCGGCUUGGCGCCGGAGGUGGCAGAGUCGGGCGGGCGGUGCGUCCCAGGGACCCAGCUGGAGCCUGGCCUGGGAGCCGGGAUGGCCAUCCCUAAAGCCUUGCUGACAUGCCUGGGGCUGCCCCUCUUCCUAUGCUCAGGGGCCCAGGCCCAGAAUCAUGUGCCACCCGGCUGCAGCCCGGACCUCAACCCCCUCUACUACAACCUGUGUGACCGCUCUGGGGCUUGGGGCAUUGUCCUGGAGGCAGUGGCUGGGGCGGGCGUUGUUACCACUUUUGUCCUCACUAUCAUCCUUGUGGCCAGCCUCCCCUUUGUGCAGGACACCAAGAAGCGGAGCCUCUUGGGGACCCAGGUAUUCUUUCUGCUGGGGACCCUGGGCCUCUUCUGCCUCGUCUUUGCCUGCGUGGUGAAGCCGGACUUCUCCACCUGUGCCUCUCGCCGGUUCCUCUUUGGAGUUCUGUUCGCCAUCUGCUUCUCCUGCCUGGUGGCUCACGUCUUUGCCCUCAACUUCCUGGCCCGGAAGAACCAUGGGCCCCGGGGCUGGGUGAUCUUCACCGUGGCCGUGCUGCUGACCCUCGUGGAGGUUAUCAUCAACACCGAGUGGCUGAUUAUCACGCUGGUCCGGGGCGGUGGCGAGGGCAGCCCUCCGGGCAACGGCAGCGCUGCCUGGACCACGGCCUCCCCGUGUGCCGUCGCCAACAUGGACUUUGUCAUGGCGCUCAUCUACGUCAUGCUGUUGCUGCUGUGCGCCUUCACGGGGGCCUGGCCAGCCCUGUGUGGCCGCUUCAAGCGCUGGCGCAAGCACGGGGUUUUCGUGCUGCUCACCACGGCCACGUCCAUCGCCAUCUGGGUGGUGUGGAUUGUCAUGUACACUUACGGCAACAAGCAGCACAACAGUCCCACCUGGGACGAUCCCACGCUGGCCAUUGCUCUUGCCGCCAAUGCCUGGGCCUUUGUCCUCUUGUACAUCAUCCCUGAAGUCUCCCAGGUGACCAAGGCCAGCCCAGAGCAAAGCUACCAGGGGGACAUGUACCCAACCCGGGGCGUAGGCUACGAGACCAUCCUGAAGGAGCAGAAAGGCCAGAGCAUGUUUGUGGAGAACAAGGCCUUUUCCAUGGACGAGCCGGCUUCAGCUAAGAGACCGGUGUCCCCAUACAGCGGGUACAACGGGCAGCUGCUGACCAGUGUGUACCAGCCCACCGAGAUGGCCCUGAUGCACAAAGGCCCGUCUGAAGGAGCUUACGACGUCAUCCUCCCACGAGCCACCGCCAACAGCCAGGUGAUGGGCAGUGCCAAUUCCACCCUGAGGGCCGAAGACAUGUAUGCGGCCCAGAGCCACCAGGGAGCCACAUCGCCGAAAGACGGCAAGAACUCCCAGUUCGUGUGAAAGCUGCUGCCGACGUUUCCUUCCAUGCAAGCAAGUAGCUGACGCCUGUACCCAGGGAAGGAGUCUGCAGCUGAGCCUGGGCUCAGUCCCCGCAAAAUAAAACAAGAUGGUAGAAGCCCUCCUCCCUGAACCACACGCCGUCCUGAUGUCCUCAGGCCUCUGUCCAGGCUGGGCAGGGCCCAGCACCUCUCCCGCCCUUGUCAUUGGAGCUGGGAGGGACCGGAGGCCACCACCCUGAAGCAGUGGACUGAGUGGGUACCUGUGAAGCCCCAAGGUGUGUGGCUGGGGCCCCAGGGCCAGCCCAGCCUUUCCUGGUCCCCAAGUGACUGAGGCCACAAGGAUCUGCAGAACUGCUAGGCCUGCCUCCGUCCCCCGUCAACGCCCUUCCCCCCCAGUCACAGCCCGUGUGUCCCCAUGCUGUGGUUCUCCAGAUGGCCAUCCUCAGAUGCCCUAUCUUCACGCCCUGGGCCUUCCGGCUGUUUUGGUGUCCAACAUCAGCUUGCCCCGCCUGCGCCUGGGUGAAUCUCCUCCGUGAGUGUUGGGAGCAGAGCCCUGGCAGAACUUGGCUCCCGUCUUUCUCAUCAGGGCCUCCUGCUGCCACCUGGACCGUGGAAGGCCCCUGAGCUGGGAAAGAGCUCAGCCCGAGGCCUACGCAGACACCGCUCCUCUUCGCGGCUUGUGGGUGCUGGGUCUCAGCCCCUUUGGUGCUUCCCUCACGUGCCCCUUUACGCCACAGCCCCAUGCCUUCCCCACCUGCAACCGACCGGGGUGCAUCGAGACACAAGGUGGGGUCUGGGGCCGCAUUCUCAGGGGCCAGUUGAGAGUCCCAGGCCACGUGGGUUGGGGUCUCAGCUGCUCACAGAACUGGGACUUGGCUGAGGUACAGAUCUCUGCUGGCAGUGUUCUCUCCCAUGACAUGCUCCAGAGGGUCCUGAUGGCCACGGAGGGAAUGGGGGGGGGGGGGGCAUCCUUUAGGACCUGAUGACGGUGGCACCGAGGACGGAGAUGUGUGUACAGCUGGAGACUCGUGGGGACGAGGUCUUCUGACUUGGUCCUGCCCUCAGCGCAAGAGUUGCCUCUGGGGGCCCAGGGUGAGGGCAAGAACCAGAGUAGGACCCGACCUUGCCCUGUGUCCGCCCACAGCUCUCCAGCGCCACCCUCCUGCCCCUAAGCAGGCUGUGCCUUUGUUAACUGGAAUAUUCUUCCGGAGCUAAAUUGGGCUAACAGGUCCUGCAGAGAGAGUAGCCAUAGACUGUGUGUGACAGCACGCCCCCCCCCCCAUUACCGAUCCCUGUACUGGGUUACUUACCUCCAUGAAUGGAGCAUUACGUCCCUCUGAUGGAGGGGAAGGGGGAGCUCUGUGCACCUCAGGCUUCUCUUGAUCUAGGUUAGCGGCCCCAAGAUCCCUCACAGUGAAUAAAGGCACUGUCUUUGCUUUUCAAAGUGAUAGUCUCCUGUGAGUCCUGGCCCCGCCAGGCAGUCCCGAAGAGCAGCCUGCAGUGAAUGUGGAUUUGUUCAUAGCCUGAGUCCUCCAGGGAUCCAUGCGUAGGCUUGGGAAGAUGGGCUCCUGAAAGAUACAGGCUACCCUGGCUUAGUUAGGGACACCCAGUGGCUCUGCUCCCUCCAGUCCUUGGCCAACUGGAGACAAUAGGUGUGUUUUUAGGAGAAAGGUGCCUUCCCCCAAGUGGUCCAGCUACAUCCCAAACGAGCCUGGAAUGGAAAAAAACUAGAAGAGUCUAGAACCUGUUGCCGGUGACAUCAGACCUUGGUAAAUUUCACACCGACCAGCCACUCAGCUGGAAGCAGAGUAGUUUGGACCCUCACUGCUCAGAAUCAGAUGACUUCAUCCUCUGUGAGGAAUUAGAACCACAGAAACCCGGUGUGUUCGUUGAGAAUUUUUCUGGGAUUUCAUAAUACAUACUUGUAACCUA